AUGGGAUCGCGAAAGCGCACCCGCUCUGAAGCCAUUCCGGUGGUAGAGCAUGAAGCUCCCGAGCAGUCUGAGCUGCUGUCCCAGCUCCGAAACUCGUGGGAUUUCGCUAGUCUCAUGCAGUACAUUGCCAUUUUUGGACAGAUCAUGAAGAUUGAUGAGGAUUUCGGGAUCGAGGACCUAGAAGCCGAAUGCCUCAAACCUGAACCCUCACAAAAACUACUGGAAAUAGGAUUGUGUCUUCUGAAGUGGAUCUCCUCUCAUCGCGGACUCACGUUCGAUAAUUUCGACGAGUACACCAGACGUCAAUACAAUGCGAAGGCGCCCAAACGUCCCAAUCCCUUUGGAUAUGAAGAAGAGCCCAACAGAUUCCUGGAUUUCGAUGUCUUUACUAAGAUCCGUGUCCUCCAUCAAUUGACAGUCUGGACGUUCUGGAACGCGGACCGCAUUCGCGACAAGAUGCCCGAGAAGAAGGAGAGCGAACAGACUGAAUGGCGCAUUGAAGAGUUUGGUUGGGAUCGUGAAGGGCGCUCAUACUACGUGCUCGACGACAAUCGUCUCUACCGCCGGACCGAUCGCCCUCUGCCUCCUGCUCCCCAGCGGCCGAAGAAGAAGACCAAGAGUCGAUCCUCGCGAGCAUCACGAACGUCAAAGCGUACCUCCACGGCUGCCGCGGAAGAGGCUUCCGACGAAGAAAACAAAAAGACCAAUGAUGUCAGUGCUGUCGCGGCCGAUUCAGACGAUUUGUUCAAGUGGGAGUGCGUGGCUGUGACUCUUGAGGAAUACCAGGCCUUCUUGGAAACACUUCAGAAGACCAAGGACGCGGACGAGAAAUACCUUCGCGAUAGCAUUGUGGAGCACAUCCUCCCUAUUCUUGAGAAAGCGGAGGAGGCACUACAACGCAAGCGUCAGAAGCGGGAAAAGGAGCUUCUGAGCUUGCAACUAGUCGCUGGAGCUAAGAGAUCGAGCCGACUUGCCGCCAAGGAAGAGAAGGAACGACAAGACCGAGAGGCUGCCGAAGCGAUUCGCAAGCACGACGCAGAUUUAGCGGAGGCCCGCAAGGAGCAGGCCAGACAAAACCAGCACGAUGAAGAUCGACAGUCGCGGAUGAUGACUCGGGAGCACCGGAUCAGAGAUCGCGAGCAAAAGCGUCUUCUUCACGAAGCUGAGCUUGAAAGGCUAGCGGAGGAGCAAGAGAGGCUCGACAAUGGCGAGAGCAGAGCCUCUGCCCGAAAUCUAAAGACCGAGAUGGAACGGUCGCAGAAGAACUUGGCAGAGCUCGCCCAGGAUGACCAGUGGAUCUUUGAUUGCUCUGGUUGCGGUGUGCAUGGCGAGAACCUGGAUGAUGGAAGUCACAGCAUCGCCUGUGAGCAAUGUAAUGUGUGGCAACAUAGCAAGUGUCUGGGUGUCUCUCAACAGGCGGCUGAAAAGGAUGAUUUCCGCUUCGUGUGUCGCGAAUGCAAGCAGAAACAAGAGGACCUCAACAGGCCAAAACUUCCCACUCUGAAGUUCCGGGUCAGCGCCUCGGCGUCCCCGUCGGCUGCUCCGGUCGACAAGAAGCGCAAGCUGGAAGAUGACGAUCUGGCUCCUCCCUCACCUGUAAAGAAGUCACAUGUUGCACUUUCCAACGCUCAGGAUGAACAUCCAAGGUCACAACUCGAUCUUCAGCCCACCAUUGGCCAAGGCAACUUUUAUCCUCCUCCCUCACCCCAACGCCGGGCUCAUUACGCAGACCGAGAUACCUUACCCUCCUCAAGCCCUCCUCGCCCGCCAUUCUCCCCUCCUAAGGGCAUGAAUGGCUUGUUGCAUUCCAGCAUGGAGCAACAGUCACGACCUCCCUCUGCGCAACACCCACUGCCAUCUAUGCAAUCGGCUCCUCAUCUUCCUCCCAUCGGCUCAUUCCACUCUGUACGGCCGCCCUCCUCUCAGUCCAGCCAGAGUCCAGUCCAAAACCAGCCCUCCAUGUCUCCAACACAAGGCAACCCAGAUGUUGGCCCACUUGCAGGGUUCCCUCGCGUAGCCCCUAACCAGGCACGUUCUUUUGAAACCCCACGCCCGCAAUCAGGGCAUGCAGUCACACCGGCAAUGUCCAGUGGUUACCCAUCUUUCUCUGCUGCCACCCCCAACGGCAAUCACUCAUCGCCUCCUCAAAGUUCUCACGGCAUGGGAAUGUCCGGAAUCAGCCCGACCAAGCAGUCACCUCGUCCACCCACUGCCAGUGGCAUGGCAGGUGCGCCGGUUCUACCACCAAUUCGCAGGCUCGAGCCCAGCCCCAAACUCAUGGGCCGAAGCUCUCCAGAUGCGCCUAUCCCCCCACCGGUCAAGUGCAUGACACCUGAGCAGGAGGAGCGCCGGCAGAGAGAGAAUGCCUCCAUGCUCCACCAGACGCACCAUUAUCAGGGCAAUGGGCAGCAUUUGAUGUCCUCGCCAUCCCUGAACCGCAUCCCUCCCCUGGGAUCUGGUACCACAUCCCAGUACCCUGACCCAGUUCCUUCACCUCAGCGUGGAAGCAAUGGUCAGAGCUAA